AUGUCUCAGCUAACUUCUGUAAUUAAAAGGGCAGGACCUUCUUUGCACUCUGCUACUGUUAUAUUUUUACAUGGUUUAGGUGAUAGCGGACAUGGAUGGGAACCAGUUGCUAAAGAAAUAGGUGAAAUAAUGAAACAUGUAAAAUUUGUGCUACCAAAUGCACCAAUACGUCCAAUAACUAUUAAUAUGGGUAUGAGGAUGCCUGGAUGGUUUGAUCUUACAACUCUAAAUCUAGAUCAAAUAGAUGGUGGUGUGGAUGAAGAUGGUGUGAUGGAAACUCUCUCUCAAAAUGAAAUUGACUCUGGAAUUGUUUCUAAUCGAAUUGUUGUUGGAGGGUUUUCUCAAGGAGCUGCAAUAGCUCUUGCUACAGGGAUAACAUCAGAAUAUCCUUUGGCUGGCAUAGUUGGAUUAAGUGGGUUUUUAACAAAUAAGAACACACCAAUAUUUAUGGCUCAUGGUGAUAGAGAUAUGGUUGUAAAUUAUCAAUUUGGUAAACGGACUUCAGAAUUUCUUAAAAAUAAUGGUUACAACGUAACAUUUAAAACUUAUAAUGGAAUGGACCAUUCUUCUUCAGAUCAAGAAGUUUAUGAUCUAACUUCCUUUCUGAAACAAGUUAUUCCUUAA